CGAGACACACCUAUUUAUAUAAACAAACUGAUAAAAUUGUAUAUUAUUACUUUUAAAAUAUUUUGCGCUUUAUUCAUAAAUUUGUGUAAAAAGUUCAAGAUUCGGCUAUAACAAAAUUAUCCUUUUUGGUUUAAGUAAGCCAUAAUAGACCGAACAUGGGUGAACCUCCUGCAAAAAAGUUUAGGAAUUCCAGUUUGCUGAACAGUGGCGAUUUGGAGGCUGCAUGGGAAAGCGAGUGGAAUACUGUUUGCUAUACAAAUUUUCUGAGGGAAUACAGAAAGCGCUAUGCUGGUUUAUUCUCUGAUCACCAAAUAACUGAGGCAGCUUCAAAUCGAUGGAACAAAAUGUCUUUUCUACAUAGAUUUCAAUAUCUGGACCCAGUUAAACGGAGAGAGUUAAAACGCAGAUUUCCUAUAUCUGCGCACGAAGAGAAGAAAAUGAAAGCCGAACCGAAAACCACAAAUAAAAGUGAUCCGAAAAAGAGGGAUUCAAAAUGUGUCUUACCCAGGAAACGAUGCGCCACGCCGAAGCAGAAGUACGGCUUACCCCAGGCAGCUUGUCCCAAACCCAAGAUUUGCUCCAAAACGAAGCCACUGUGCUCCAAGCCGGAGCCCCUGUCCUCCAAUCCGAAGCCAUGUAACCCAAGAAAAAGACGUCUAAGUCCAUCGCCGAAAAAAUAAAUCUGUAUACAUGAAUGUUUGGAAUUUUAUGAAAAUAAUAUCCGAUUUUUGAAAGA